ACAGUUUAAGCAGAUGCCCUAACUCUUAGAUUUCGUCAUUUCCCAAAUUCCCGCCUUUUACUUGAUAUAUUCCCUCCACAAUCCAUCUCCAUGUCGGACAAGAAAAAGCGCCGCCGAGCCGACUCUGACUCCGAUUCAGAAUCCCAGCCUUUCAAGCACCUUCUCAAAUCCGAUGACCACAUCCUCCGAAUACUUAAAUCUGUCGCCUCUUCCUCUUCCUCCACUUCAAAAUCCUUAACACUAGCCGACCUAUCCCUUUCAUCCACGUGUCGGGAAGUAUCCGACCUCUCCCUCUCUUCUGUCCAAUCCGCCAUCGAAACCCUCGUUCUCCAGCUCACCCACCAAAUCCUCUCCGGCCAAGGCUUCUCCUUCACCGUCCCUUCCCGUUCCGCCUCCAACCAACUCUACGUCCCCGAACUCGACCGCAUCGUCUUAAAAGACAAAUCCACCGUCCGCCCCUUUUCCCACAUCUCCUCCGUACGCAAAACCACUAUAACGGCCAAAAUCCUCUCCUUAAUCCACCAACUCUGUCUCAAAAACAUCCACGUCACCAAGCGUGACCUUUUUUACACCGACGUUAAACUCUUCCAAGACCAGAUUCAAUCUGACGCUGUUCUAGACGACGUUUCCUGUAUGCUCGGCUGCACUCGAUCCAGCCUCAACGUAAUCGCCGCGGAAAAAGGAGUCGUCGUUGGAAGACUUAUUUUUAGUGACAACGGAGACAUGAUCGAUUGUACUAAAAUGGGAAUGGGAGGAAAAGCAAUCCCUCCAAACAUCGAUCGAGUUGGGGAUAUGCAAAGCGAUGCAUUGUUCAUUCUGUUGGUAGAAAAAGAUGCAGCUUAUAUGAGGUUAGCUGAAGAUAGGUUUUAUAAUCGGUUUCCUUGUAUAAUUGUGACUGCGAAAGGGCAGCCGGAUGUGGCAACGAGGUUGUUUUUGAGGAAAAUGAAGACGGAGUUGAAGCUUCCGGUGUUGGCAUUGGUCGAUAGUGAUCCUUACGGGUUAAAAAUUUUGUCUGUUUAUGGGUGUGGAUCAAAGAACAUGUCGUAUGACAGUGCGAAUUUGACUACCCCAGAUAUCAAGUGGUUGGGGAUUAGGCCGAGUGAUUUGGAUAAGUAUAAGAUACCGGAGCAAUGUAGGUUGCCAAUGACAGAACAGGAUAUCAAGACUGGGAAGGAUUUGCUGGAGGAGGAUUUCGUGAAGAAGAACCCUGGGUGGGUUGAGGAGUUGAAUUUGAUGGUGAAGACUAAGCAGAAGGCGGAGAUUCAGGCAUUGAGUUCGUUUGGGUUUCAAUACUUGUCUGACGUUUAUUUGCCAUUGAAGUUGCAGCAGCAGGACUGGCUGUGAGCAGGACUGGUAAGAAUGUGGAGUCUUUUUAUGUUUUUGUAUGAGAACUGGCAAAUUGUUCAAUGUUUAUUUCCUUAAUGAUAGCAAUCUUUCGGAUUUCAUCUGUUGAGUUACUUUCUAUUAUUGGGAGU